GUGUCGCUGGCGGCGCCAAGGAGGCCAUCUUGUGCUGUCAAGUCCAGACGUCGGGCGGUUCUUACGUGUGUGUUCCGGGGAUUGCAAAUCUCCUGUAUUUCUAGCAUUAAGCCGUAGGGAUUCGCCACAGCCACAGCAACCAUGAACAGUAUAAUCCACCUCCUCACCUGCACCGUCCUCCUCUACCUGCACAGGGCCGCUCACGCCGUGGAGCUCACCUUCGAACUGCCGGACAAUGCCAGGGAGUGCUUCUACCAGGAGAUCGAGAAGAACAAGUCCGCCACCCUGGAGUUCCAGGUCGUCACCGGCGGGCAAUACGACGUGGAUGUGACGCUGGAGUCCCCGAAGAAGGAGAUCAUCUACCGACAGAUCAAGACGCAAUUCGAUUCUCACCAGUUCACAGCCGCGGAAACUGGAGUCUACGUGGCGUGCUUCAGCAAUGAGUUCUCAACGUUCUCGCACAAGCUGGUCUACAUGGACUUCCAAGUGGGCGAUGGCGAUCCGGUGCUGCCCGGCAUCAAUGAGCACGCGACGGUUCUCACGCAGUUCCAGACGUCCGCCGAGGAGGUGCACAAGAGUCUCAACCACAUUCUGGACUAUCAGACCCACCAUCGCCUGCGCGAGGCGCAAGGCCGAAAGCGCGCCGAGGAGCUGAACGAGCGCGUCUUCUGGUGGUCCUUCUUCGAGUUGUGCGCCAUGCUGAUCAUCGCCGUGUCGCAGGUCGUGAUCCUCAGGAAUUUCUUCUCAGAGCGCAAGCCCAGCCAGAUGGGCGGCAAGUUCGUGGGCUAAACUGCAAGACUUAGGACCUCUUAGCUGUAAUUCGUGGACACUUGAAUAAUGAUGUUGUGCUUAAAGUGACGGCGAACCAGAGAAAAACUCUCAUUGUCCUCCGUGCAAAGAUAAAUUUCAUUUCACGCGUGUAUGUGAACAAAAGGACACAAGAAAGAAAAAAAAAAUGCAGAAAAGAUUCAAACGGAAAA